AGAAAAAGAGAGAAAGAAAAAAAACGAAAAAGAGAGAGAGAAGAGAUAAAGGACAGAGAGCGGUGCUCUGGUUCCCAGGUUCCUAUCCCACCAAACAGACUGACCAGGGGACUGCCCUCUGGACACCAGGGUCCCAACUGAGACUUACCCGAGGACAAGCUGGGGCGCCCCGCCCCCCGGGCGCCCGACGUGGACGCGGCCGCCGCCGCUGCUGCCGCCGCCGCGCGGGAGUCGCUGUCCGCGGAACCGACAUGCAGGCGGCGCGGGGCGGCGCGGGGCGGCCGGGCCGGGCGGGCCGCGGGCCGGAUUGCGGGCGCCAGCGGCCGCCGGGCGCCAGAGCCGCGUCCCCCUGCGCCGCCCCGCGCCGGCCGGCCGGAGCCGCCGCCAUGCACCCCGGGCCGCCCCGCGCCGCGCUCCGCCUGUGGCUGGGCUGCGUCUGCCUCGCGCUGGUGCAGGCGGACAGCCCCUCUGCCCCAGUGAAUGUCACUGUCAGGCACCUCAAGGCCAACUCCGCGGUGGUGAGCUGGGAUGUCCUGGAGGAUGAGGUUGUCAUCGGAUUUGCCAUCUCUCAGCAGAAGAAGGACGUGCGUAUGCUGCGCUUCAUCCAGGAGGUGAACACCACCACCCGCUCCUGCGCCCUCUGGGACCUGGAGGAGGACACGGAGUACAUCGUGCACGUGCAAGCCAUCUCCAUCCAGGGCCAGAGUCCGGCUAGCGAGCCAGUGCUCUUCAAGACGCCGCGGGAGGCUGAGAAGAUGGCCUCCAAGAACAAAGAUGAGGUGACCAUGAAGGAGAUGGGGCGGAACCAGCAGCUGCAGACAGGCGAGGUGCUGAUCAUCGUCGUGGUCCUGUUCAUGUGGGCCGGCGUCAUUGUCCUCUUCUGCCGCCAGUAUGACAUUAUCAAGGACAAUGAGCCCAAUAACAACAAGGAAAAAACCAAGAGUGCGUCAGAAACCAGCACACCAGAGCACCAAGGCGGGGGGCUUCUCCGAAGCAAGAUAUGAAACCUUUUCAGUGCUGGCUCUGAGCAGCUCAGAAGACAGUAGAGAAUGUGAGAGGAUCUCAUGGUUCAGGCGAGGAUAUCCAACAACAUCUGGCCCUCUCUACAUUUCCUCCUCCCUCCAUCUCCUUGCACCCUCUGGCUUACUGUCCUCUCUCUUGGCUUCACUCUUUCUGGCGCAUUUUCCUGAAGCCUCUUAUUAACCCCCAUCUCCAGAAGCACCUCAACAAUGGCAGUGGCUGAGGCUGCGCUGAGAGGCAGAUCUGCAGGACGUGAGAACCAGCCAGCAGGAUGGCCCUGCUGGGGGUGGACGGGGUCCGGGGGCAGUGGGUCCAGGACCCGGACUUGGCCAUUCAGCUGAGUGAGGCCGAAGGCUGGGUUUGCGACGGCAGAGACAAGACAUGCAGGCAGGGCUACUCCUUUCCUUCCACAGGGGACAAGAGCCUGGCUUUCCGGCAGCAGCCCUGCUGCUCCCUUCCUUCUUGUGUCCUCUGUUUUCAACCUUGUGAGAAGUCUAUUCAAUUAGCCCUGGCCACUUCUCUCAUUUCUUCCUCCCAGUUUCCAAACAAGCUCUUGGUGAACAUCAUCGAAGCGUGACUACCUGUCUACAGGGAGAAAGAUUUCAUUUCUCUUCUCUGCUGGUCCCCAGGUCCACAGGCACAGGGAGGGGGAGGGCUACACUGGAGGGGGAGGCACUGCUAGCUGCACAGUUCUCUCUCUCCGAUGUCCUAGUCUGGUGAAGGAGACUGAACUACAAACCCAAAUUCUGCAAAAAAUAAACAAGCCACAAAACUUGAGGCCUGGCCCCAUUCUGGAAAAGGCAAAGCUGCAUGAGACACGGCCCUCUUUCUGCCUCCUCGCGUCUCCUGGAUGGCCAUCCUCUCUGAGACGCACAAAGCUGCUGGGAGAUGACAAGCACCGAGACUGACUUAAGCCCUUUCAGACCAAGAACUGUCAGGGAAGCCAUGUGCCUGCCUGCCGGGCAGGGGCGUGACUGCCAUGGAGCCUUUUCUGGAUUCAGCCAUUAAGGACUUGUUUGUGGUGCGAUGCACAACUUUGUGUGUGUGUGUGAGAUUUAUCUGUUUUGUCUCUUGGAAAACACAACCGAAGGGCUUCAUUCCAGAGGGCCAGAGGGAUUCCCCGAGCUGGUUGCCUGCAUCUUCUGUCUUCUUUGGCCCUUAUUUUGACUGUAAGACUAUCCGUCUGGGGUUUUAAGAAGAAAAUGCAGGAAAGAUACCUGGAAGGUAUUGGCCCCAUUUCGUUAGGAAAGCCUCUUGGAGUUGUAACAGUGCUGACUUGGACAACUGAAAGGCACGUUCCCGUGGGACAUCCUGAAGGCUGCUAAAUCACCACGCUGUGGUGGAAGCUGCCGGAAGGCAGGCAUGAGCCAUUCAGUCAGAGCAGUCGUGGCCUCUGGGGUCUCCAUAUCUUGCCAUUUCAUCCAGGAUUCUGUGAAAGUUACCCAGGGUCCUCAUGUCCUUCCCUAGAGCCUGUGUGGUGUGAGGUGACAGGUCUUUCUCCACUGCCCCUUUCUGGUAAAAAAAACAAAACAAAAAACAAAAAAAAACUGGUGCUUGAUAAGGGAAGGCAGACCCUUCCCUAGGACUGACAAGCUGUGGCAGCUGAAUGCCUGCACAGAAGACAAGGACCUCUGCGUCUUCCAGUGGUGGCUAUGGACAGGAGUCUGGGAGCACUGCGCCUAGCACAAGCCUGGCACACAGUAGGUGCUCAUUGAAUACCUGCUGAACUGAAUAAGCAAUAGCCCCCAAGCCAGAGAGCUGAAAGCCAUCACCCAGUGACCACCCUUCCUUCCGGUCUACAAGAGCUCUCAGGGCUGGGUCGGCCACCACUUCUGAGUGUGGAACACAGGGAGGGAUGAGACAGGGUAAAGGCAGAUGUCAGCAACACUAAGGGCUUCCUCAUGGGAGGGCAUGAGGCUUCACUCAUUGUCUUGUGACUUCCAUCCCUGCUGAAUGGGGCUGCAAGGCCAAGGUUCCUUAGGGGAGAGAGGUCCUUACCUCUGAUCCAGUUAGAGCAAUAACCACUUUUUAAAUGUAAAAUAAAGACAAAUGAAA